UAUGUAUUUCGGGCUCCCCAGCACACCCCCUUCCCUCCCAGCGAUGGCUGAGGCGGUGCAUGCAGACGGGGACAGCGCCGCCUGCCCCCCACCGCACCCCCCAAGCGGAGACUGGGCUUCCUGUCGUUUUGCCAUGCACUUGUUGCAGAAACAGCCAAGGCCCCGGCUCCGGAGGAUGCCAAAGGAGGAAGGCACCACAGCGGCCCGGCCCUGAGCGCACCGCUCUCACCUCCUGCAACAGGCAGCGUCUCUGGGGUUCUUGGCGUCAGAGCGGUGUGUGGCAAAGGGGUCUCCUCUUCCCACCUGACAGCAGCAUGACAGCAGCAUGACCCGGCGGCCGCAGAAGUCCCCCGAGCCAGGCGCCCCUCUCUGCCACCUGCUGCCCCAGUCCAGGUGUGUGCAGCCUCUUCUUACCGUGGUGGUGUUUGGUCUGGACCUCAGCCCGGGUGAGGAUGUGAAACCCCCCGCUCUGCACAUGCGUGGUCCAGGCCAGCAGGAACCCCUGGCCCCAGCCACCCUCACAGCCAUGUCAGCCGUGGAGUAGUGUGGACAUCUCCUCUCAGCUUCUCAGGGUUUCAGUCCUUUCGGGUUUUCUUCAUUUACCUUUUUUUAUGGUUUUGUGGCUGGACAUUGACAACCAAGUCAGGCAUCAUGGGGGAUCAGCAGUUGUACAAGAGCAACCACGUGGCCCACGGUGGUGAGAACCUUUUCUACCAACAACCACCCCUUGGUGUCCACAGCGGGCUGAACCACAACUAUGGGAACUCAGUCUCAGGGGGUGGAAUGGAUGCACCCCAAGCUUCACCCAUUUCUCCCCACUUCCCUCAAGAUACUAGGGAUGGUCUGAGCUUGCCUGUUGGCUCCAAAAACCUUGGCCAGAUAGAUACCUCAAGACAGGGAGGGUGGGGAGGCCACGCAGGGCCUGGCAACCACGUCCAGCUACGUGGCAACCUGACCAACUCCAACAUGAUAUGGGGGGCUCCGGCCCAGGUGGAGCCUGCCGAUGGCUAUCAGUACACCUAUUCCCAGGCCAGCGAGAUCCGGACCCAGAAGCUCACCAGUGGCGUCUUACACAAGCUGGACUCCUUCACCCAGGUGUUUGCCAACCAAAACCUGCGAAUCCAGGUCAAUAACAUGGCCCAGGUGCUGCACACACAGUCAGCAGUGAUGGAUGGAGCCCCUGACAGUGCCCUCCGCCAGCUGCUGUCUCAGAAGCCCAUGGAGACUCCGGCGCCAGCUCUGACAUCCCGGUACCAGCAGGUGCCGCAGCAGCCUCACCCUGGUUUUGCAGGCGGGCUGUCCAAGCCAGCCCUGCAGGUUGGGCAGCACCCUACCCAAGGUCACCUGUAUUACGACUACCAGCAGCCUCUGGCUCAGCUGCCAGUGCAGGCAGGACAGCCGCUGCAGGGCCCCCCGGUGCUGUCCCAGCCCGUGCCACAGAUGCAGCACCAGUAUUAUACACAGCAGCCACAGCAGCCAGCAGGGCAGCAGCGUCUCUCCGUGCAAGAAAUGCAGCCACAGCCUCCGCAGCAGCAGACCCGCCCACCUCAGCCUCAGCAGCAGCCGCGGCAAGGUCCGAUGCAGAUACCUCAGUAUUAUCAGCCUCAGCCCAUGAUGCAGCACUUGCAAGAGCAGCAGCCGCCGCCGAUGCACCUGCAGGCCCCUUCUUAUCACAGGGACCCCCACCAGUACACUCCAGAGCAGGCACACGCUGUCCAGCUAAUUCAGCUGGGCUCCAUGGCCCCAUACUACUACCAGGAGCCCCAGCAGGCCUACAGCCACCCCCUCUACCAGCAGAGCCACCUGCCCCAGCACCAGCCACGUGAGGACAGUCAGCUGAAAACUUACUCCAGUGACAGGCAGGCCUCGGCUCUGCUGAGCUCCCAGGGGGACCUGGCGUCUCCUGACACGGGAAUGAUAGACCCAUCCAGCUCAGACCUGACCCGGAUCAGCAGCAUUCUUCCCCACCGACCACUCCUGUCUCCUGUGAGUGGGGUUCACCUCAACAACACAGGCCCUCAGCAUCCACAGCCAUCUCCCAGUGCCGUGUGGCCUCAGAUGCACCUACCUGAUGGGAGAGCCCAGCCAUUGUCCCCUGAGUCAAGUGGCCAACCCAAAGGAGUGUUUGGGGAACCGUUUGAUGGCAAGAACAAGCUGACGUGCCCCAUCUGCCUGAAGGAGUUCAAGAGCCUGCCCGCCCUGAAUGGCCACAUGCGGUCCCACGGAGGGAUGAGGGCCUCCCCCAGCCUCAAACAGGAGGAAGGAGAGAAGGCCCCGCCGCCUCAGUCUCAGCCCCUGCCACCUCCGCCGCCGCCUCCGCCGCCGCCGCCACCGCCGCAGCUCCCUCCCGAGGCAGAAAGCCUCACGCCUAUGGUCAUGCCCGUGUCUGUCCCUGUCAAGCUUCUCCCGCCCAAGCCCAGCUCUCAGGGGUUCACCAACAGCGUUGCUGCCACCCCUUCCGCCAGAGACAAGCCGGCCAGCUCCGUGUCGGACGACGAGAUGCCUGUGCUCGUGAGGAUGACUCUCUCUCCCCCACACUCCCCCCAAGGGGCUGCCCCCCGCGCUCCCACUGACGCACCCCGGAGGCCGCCGCGCGCCGAAGAGCCCCGCGCCGAGAGGAGGAAGCCGCGACCCACGGCCACGCUGUUCCAGAGCCAGCUGCGCUCGCCGCGCGUGCUCGGGGACCCGCUGCUCCUGGAUCUCGCGCACGACCGCGAGCCACCGCCCUACACGCCGCCGCCCAUGCUGAGCCCUGCGCGCCAGGGCUCGGGGCUCUUCAGCAGCAUGCUCCUGGGGGGCCACCUGGGCGGCUCCUGCGCGCCCCCCACCCUGCCGCGAACCCCGCUCACACCCACGCCGCGGGUGCUGCUCUGCCGUCUCAACAGUAUUGAUGGCAACAAUGUGACGGUCACCCCUGGGCCUGGAGAGCAGACUGUGGAUGUUGAACCACGCAUCAACAUUGGCUUACGAUUUCAAGCAGAGAUCCCAGAACUUCAAGAUGUCUCUGCCCUGGCCCAGGACACACACAAAGCCACACUAGUAUGGAAACCCUUACCAGAGCUGGAAAAUCAAGAUCUCCAGCAACAAGUGGAGAAUCUUCUGAAUUUGUGCUGUUCAAGUGCACUGCCGGGUGGAGGAACCAAUUCUGAAUUUGCCUUGCAUUCUCUUUUCGAGGCCAGAGGUGAUGUGAUGGCAACUCUGGAAAUGCUGCUGCUGGAGAAGCCAGUCAGGUUAAAAUGUCACCCUCUAGCAAAUUACCACUAUGCCGGUUCGGACAAGUGGACUUCCCUAGAAAGAAAACUGUUUAAUAAAGCACUAGCCACUUACAACAAAGACUUUAUUUUUGUACAGAAGAUGGUGAAGUCCAAGACAGUGGCUCAGUGCGUGGAGUACUACUACACAUGGAAAAAGAUAAUGCGAUUAGGGCGAAAACACCGAACACGCCUGGCAGAAAUCAUUGAAGACUGCAUGACGAGUGAAGAGGAAGAAGAGUUAGAAGAGGAAGAGGAGGACCCGGAAGAAGAUAGGAAAUCCACAAAAGAAGAGGAGAGUGAAGUCCAGAAGUCUCCAGAGCCUCCGCCAGUGGCUGUUGUGGCUCCCACCGAUGGACUGUCCCUGCAGGCCCCUGGCCAGCCCUCGGGCGCCUUCAUCUGUGAGAUGCCCAACUGUGGGGCUGUGUUCAGCUCCCGACAGGCACUGAACGGCCACGCCCGCAUUCACGGUGGCACCAACCAGGUGACCAAGACCCGGGCAGCUGUCCCCUCUGGGAAGCAGAAACCAGGGGGCGCCCCAAGUGGGUAUUGCUCAGUGAAGAGUUCACCCUCUCACAGCACCACCAGUGGCGAAACAGACCCCACCACCAUCUUCCCCUGCAAGGAGUGUGGCAAGGUCUUCUUCAAGAUCAAAAGCCGAAAUGCACACAUGAAAACUCACAGGCAGCAGGAGGAGCAACAGAGGCAGAAGGCUCAGAAGGCAGCUUUCGCAGUCGAAAUGGCAGCCACGAUCGAGAGGACUACAGAGCAGGUGGGGGCCCAGAGACUGCUGCCCCUGGGCCAGCUGAGCUUGGUCAAACCCAUCAAGGACGUGGACAUCCUCGAUGAUGAUGUGGUCCAGCAGUUAGGGGGCGUCAUGGAAGAGGCUGAGGUCGUGGACACCAAUCUGCUCUUGGAUGACCAAGACUCGGUUCUGCUUCACGGUGACACGGAACUCUAAAGCCUGUUCAUUGCUUCCAGAUGGUGAGAACCCACUGCCUCCCUCGUCGUGAAUCAGAAGCCUGGACUGCCCGCUUGUCUUGUAAACCCUUUUAAACUACCUGUUUAAAAAGUGGUCAUUUUAUUCAGGUUUAGGAAAAAAAUCAUUUCUUAUUUUUUUUAAAUUGUUUUUGUUGGGGGUUGGGGGGAAUAAAUAAUUGGCACAACUAUCUUUAAGAGGUGUUUCAUCUGGGCUAUACCCUCAUGAGACGAUCAUCAUUCUGCAUGUCAACCAUCCUGGUUGCCUUCCAUCGCCAAGCUUGCUGGAAGAGUGUGUGUGUGUGUGUGUGUGUGUGUGUGUGUGGUGAGGCUGGCAGCCUUGUUUGUGCUGGCGCCCUGGUCAUCUUUUCCACCUGCAGUUAUUUUUAUUCUGUUCUGACCCACCAGGAAGUGCUUCUUUUCCCAACAAAAUGGCUCAGAAGAGCCUGUUCUUUUGUUUGUGCUCAGUGGAGGACUAAAAUUACUUUGUGCCACUUGGAUGUCCCCUGAAACCUCCUCCACUGGGACCUUGCUGUUUUUCACACCUGAAGUGAACCGGCUAGCCAUGAAGAGUGAGAGUUCUGUAGGACGUGGAAGGGAAGCUGCAUUGAGGCCAACAGAAGUGGUUUCAGAUACACUUUAGCUAACCAUUUUGCAUUGAAACCAUGAAUGUAUCCUCUCCAAGUCACUUGCCAAAGCAUUUCUAGACGUUACUAAGCUGCUAAGCUACAUGACUUUGUUCUGCCACCUCCUGCCCCUGGCAGCAGGGCUGCUGUUGGUACUUGAAGGCAAUAAGCCUGUAAUCCUUCAAAGAAGUCAUUGCCCAGGCUUCUGAACUGAGUCCAACUGACCCAUCCUACUGCUGGUGCAAAAGUUGGCCAAGAGCACAGCCCUGCGCAGAGGACCCUGCUCCUCCUCGGCUCCCCAUCAGUGUUAGUGCUGCAGGGCCCCUUCUCCCAGGCCUCCCUGCUGAGGUGGACUCCUCCCUGGUACCAUGGCAGUGCUGCUGGGCCACUGUGCUGGCCCACUGACAGCCUGACAUUACAGAGACUACAGCAGAGGCAAGGGUAUGACCUGGGCAUCCUUAGAAGUCAGCUCUGCAGGCGGCUCAGCAGCAGCCAUGGAGCCAGCUAUAGUCGGCGCAGCCCCCAGGCAGUGGCUUCUGAAUCUCAGGGAAGCCACAUACAAAAGAAAAGUAGAUUCACUCGGCAUUAUUUUGUUUUCAGAGAAGUUGUUUUCGAGAUUUUCUUCAUCUUUCCUUAAGGAAAAAAAAAGAGUAGUUUGCCACCAUUUCAACAGGUUGUUCCGUCAUGUGUUUUACCAAGGCAAUUCUGAGUUCAGAACUAACUCCCUGGGCAUCGUGCACCAGCUCCCAGCAGGGCUACUACAGAACCCUCCCAGCUGCCAUGUCAUUGGCUGGUCACAAGGUAGCCUCUGCCCUCUGGUGUCUGAGGCUGACUGCCGCAGGGUUCUGCAUUG